AUGCUGUCUCUAUCUCUUGUCGCAGUCAUAGCCUGCACUAUUUGGGUGUCUUUAUACCGCAGACAACGGCGCGGGCGUAUUCCACCAGGUCCGUGGGCCCUACCCGCCAUCGGCAACCUGCUGCACUUUCCCCUCCCAAAGAACUCGCCGUGGCGGAGACUGCUCGAGUGGAAAUACGAGUUCGGCAACAUUACCUACCUCCAUGGCUUUGGCAACUCUGUUGUGGUCCUGAACGACAUCGAUACAUGCAACGACCUUCUUGUCAAGAAUGGACACGCCUGGGCUGACCGACCGGUCUUCACAAUGGGCGGGGAACUUAUGGGGAUGGACCGCUCGAUGGGAUUCAUGUCAAACACACCAAUGUGGCGCUACCAGCGCAAACUCGCUCAUCUCGCAUUCAGUACCGACUCAGUGAAAACCUACUGUGCAGCACAAGAGGACAUUGCUGCUCUGAUGGCGCAAAGUAUUGCCAGCCACCCGGAGGACUUUAUUGACCACGUGCGACUUGCAACGGGUAGAAUCGUGAUGUCCGUGACCUACGGAAUCUCUCCCCAGCUGGCGGAAGAAGACUACAUCCAGCACGCCGAGGAUACGAUGGAGGUUAUAACCGAUACCACCAUGCCUGGAGCAUAUUUAGUCGAUGCUAUUCCUGCCCUCAAGUACCUCCCGAAGCAGCUCACGGCAUUUCACGACAAAGCCAAAGAGGGACGCGCCAUGGUGGAAAGGAUGGUUUUCCCACCAUAUCUUCAGGUGAAGAAGGAGAUGCAAACCGGAGACGCGCCACAUUCGCUUGUCAAGCAGCUGCUUAGUUUACCUCGUUCAGACAAAUCCGACCCCGACGAGAGUUUCUUUGAAGACGCAGUCAUCUGGGCCGCAGGUUCAAUGUACGGUGCUGGCGGAGAAACGACCUUCGCGACGGCUCUCAAUUGCAUAUUGGCGAUGACCAUGUUCCCCGAGGUUCAACGUCGCGCGCAAAUCGAAUUAGACUCCGUUGUAGGAGAGCAACUCCCCACCAUCGAAAACCGGCGCGAAACUCCGUAUCUCAAUGCUCUCUUGAAAGAGCUGCUCCGUUGGCAGCCGUCGGUUCCAUUAGGAGUACCCCAUCGCUCCUCAAAGGAUGUGGUUUAUCAAGGCUAUUCGUUGCCUAGCGACACCAUCGCGAUAGCAAAUGUUUGGGCUAUAACCCGUGAGGAAGAUCCCGACUUUCCGCCUGAAGAGUUUAUGCCAGAGCGGUUUCUCCCUCGUCCAUCAGGCUUCGCGCCGCGCGACCCGUUCACCUAUGCCUUUGGUUUCGGUCGCCGCAUUUGCCCAGGAAAGCCGCUCGCGGAGAAUUCGCUCUACAUCCUCGUCGCGUACCUGAUCCACAACUUCUCUUACCACUUGCCCCGCACGCAAGAAGGCGUCGAGGAACCCAUUCGGCCGACGUGGAAGAGUGGUCUUACUAGUUUUCCUGAGCCCUUCAAAUGUCGUAUCGUGCCGCGCAGCGACGAGAGGCUGACGAUGAUCAAUUACCGCGCGUCCAAUACCAGAGCGGCCAAAUAG